ACGCACUUUAGCACGCACUCAGUAACCGAUCAGGAGGAAGAGCUCAGAUCUCUGUUUAUAGUUUUCAUGCCCUAAAACAUCCAGAUUUCUCUCAUUUUUAAAGUUUAUUUUCUCGUUAAUUCAGGAGAAAUGUUCUUCAGUGCUCUCAGCAGAGCUCGGCCUGUUUUUGGGGCUUUAUUCGGCCAAAUUCAGAGAUCCACUCUGAGCACGGCGAGCAGAAGAACGUUCUGCAUUAAACCACAUGAACCCGCAGUUCCACCACAAGCCGAGCGAGGCGGGUUCAAGGUGCCCGGCUACAGACCGUCCGAGAUGGACAAGAAGAUUCUGGUGUGGUCCGGUCGCUUCAAAUCCAUGGAUCAGAUCCCAGAGACAGUGUCGUUCGAGAUGAUCGACGCAGCCAGGAACAGACUGCGCGUGAAGGCCUGCUACGUCAUGAUACUGCUGACCAUCGCAGGCUGCGUGGGCAUGGUGAUCAUGGGAAAACAGGCCGUGAGCCGCCACGACAACCUGACCAGCAGGAACAUGGAGAAGAAAGCUCGAUGGAGAGAGGAGGCACAGAGAGAGCGAGAAGCAGCGGCUGCUCUCGAACAGAAACCGCAGUGAGAGAGCACUCGCGCCGAACGGGAUUCGAGGAGCCCGUCAAAAACCCACGACUGAUAUUCACAUCUUUAACGUGAAUGUUGUUCUGGUGCCUAAAUAUGCACUCAUAGUUCAGUUUAGUUUAAAUUGAGCAGCUCAUGUAGAUGAGCUCGUUAUUUAGCUUGUACGAUUGUUUGUAUAGAGUUGAUAAAUUAAUAAAGUAAUAAAAGUGA